AUGUGGAACUAUUUAAUAUUAUUAUGGGACAAUUAUAUUGAGCAGGGAAGGACAAAAAUAGGAGUGAAGGAAGAUGACAAAUUUAGGAAACUCUUCUGGAACAAUGUGGGAACACUGUGGGAGGAUUUUAGGAGUUAUAUGGAGAGUACUGCGGAAAGCACGAAAGCGCAGUCAAUGUGUGAAAUAGGACGGGAGACUGAUGUAGCUAAAGGACAAAUGUGGACUGCUGAGGACAUGGGUAUAUGCGAGAUGGCGCUUAUAGCGUUACGUUUUAAACAUGGAGUUGAUUUAUCCGGGAAUCCUGUGAGACGCAGGCAUAUGGACGAAGAUACAGAGAAGGUAGACCCUUAUAUGACAUGCAUCCUGACAAAUAUAUUUAUGAAGAAAAUAAUGGGAAUGAAUUGUUUAAAGCGACCUGGUGGACUGUGGGCGUUUAAUCUUGUGCAUGGAGAAGUACAGGACGUUCUGCACCAGCAGUUCGGUAAUGUGGAGUGUGAGUGGAAGGAUGCAGGGAUAGGUGGAGAUGGCAGUGGAAGAGAUGAAAAGGAUAGAGAUCUUUGGGAAGUAAUGAAUAGAUGGAAUGAAGGCCAUAAGAUGAACCUAGGGGACGGGGAUUGGGGAGUGUUGGGGCCAGGAUGUCAUGUGGAGAAGAAAGCAGGCGCGACACUAGGCGAUGGGGACCACAGUACGGCGUUGACGGAGAAAGUGAAGGAAGAGAUAAGCAACGUGCAGGAGGAUAUAAAAGUGAAAGUGUCGAAAAUAUUAAAGGGAAUAGGAGUUUGUAGUGAUGGGGAUGACAAUUGUGUAAAGAAAUUAUUAGAGCAGGAGAGAGAUAGGGAGAAGAACGACCAGGACUCCCGUUCAAAGGCUCUAGGCGGUAACGGACCGUCACAGGGGGACGUGAAAACAUCAUCAACAGCAAGGCCACCACGGCCAUCAAGACCAGCAGCAGAAGGCGGAGGAUCACAGGAUACAAAGACAACAUCAACACAAGCAGGCGGGUCACAAGCGGGUACUGCACGUACAGGGGGGAACGCCCCGGCCACAGCAGGCAACGCUACCAAACCAGUAGCGGCGAAACCGGCAACAUCGGGAACGGGACCGGGGACGACGUCAGCUGGUGGUGGUAGUGGUAGUGAUGGUAAGUCUGGUGCUGCCGCAGAGAAGGGGACGACGACGACCAAACAAGAGGAUUGUCCAUGGAAGAGCAUAUUGGAAGGCAAGAGCAGGCACGUACACGUGCUGCAGAAUUAUGAUAGUGAUGCACUGCAAAAAAUGAAGACCGCAUUGCAGGCCUUUAUUGAUUAUAUGCAGGAGCACACGGAUCAGAUGGAUGCAUACGGUGCCAACUGUGAUAAUUCUGGUUGGGAUGAUUUCGACGAUGCUCAUCAAUAUAAGGGACAAACGGUAGCAGAUGUCGUACGGUGCAGACUUAUGAGUGUUGCACUAUUCUUUGCAAACGGUGAUAAUAUACCACGGAACAGCAGAGAUAUGGAUGACGAUAAAUUGUACGAAAGGUUCCGGUGUGAGGUAGCGAACGUAUUUGGAUACAUGCUCAAGAAUCAGUAUUGCAAACAUAAUCCAGGAUGGAAGAGGGGUGUGGAGUACGCUUGGAAAACAAUGAAGAACAUGCACAAAGAUAAGGAUGGUAAAAUAAUAUUAUCUGGUCCUGUUAUGGAUGGAAGAUGCACACAAUGUGGGUAUGGAGAUAAUAAGACGCAACCAGGAAUAAUAAAUGGAGACAUAGCAGAGUGGUUAGUAGACCAUGGAAUAAUGGAAGAAAUAGGGACCAUAGAGGGCGACAUGCCGUGUGAAGAGCAGUGGAAAAGUUAUAUUAAUAGGAAGGCAAUAGAAGGGGCGCCUAUUAAGAAAAUUUUGACCCCAGGCGGAAUUAAAGAAAUGAACAAAGUGGGGAAGCACGUCAAGGAAAAAGCAACAAGGGUCUUUGAGAAAGCGAAGGAAAAGGUAAAGGCAGAAAUUCAAACGAAGGAAAAGGAAGGAGGCAAGAAACCGGAAGUACCACCACCUAAGGUACCAGAGGCACCAACGGAGCCUAUUCCUGAGAAGAAGGACGAGAACAAGGCCCCGGCACCAUCCUCACCAUCAUCAGCAGGCAGGCACGAUCCGUCCACAGGCGCAGAUGGGACACAACCACAAGCACCGGCAUCCCCAGUAUUACCAGCAAGACCACCACCACCACCUCCUCCUCCACCAGAACCCGCACGUCCAGCAGAACCAUCAGAACCACAAGGAGCCACACGUGCUGCAGCACCAGACACAAACAAGGAUAGUCCAGGAAGCACAGGUAAGGAUACGCCCAACUGCACAAGGGACCUUUCAUAUGAAAGCUCCACGAAUCCUGGUCUCCGUAUUACCAUCUCAGGCAUUAGUCCUGAUCCUGUACCUGGAUGCUCAGGUACUGGAACUACACAGAUCACGACAGAACCAGCUGAACCUGCAAAAACAUCACCCUCUGUUGACACUACAACGGGGAACUCAGGAGACCACAUUCCCUCACAGAAACCUACUGCUAGUGUACCAUCAGGACCCAACAGUACACCUGCUCCGGACAAAACCCACGUUGACGGUGCCGUCGUCGACGGAGGCAACGAUGACCCCCCUCCUCUCAAUCCACCCAAACCAAAACCGAACCCGAACCCAAAUCAAUCGGGUGCAAGCGGUAGCGGCAGCACCGGUCAGCCGGACGCAAGUGGUUCCUCUGGUACAGGUUCUACUGGGGCCCAAAACCCCGGUUCCUCUGGUCCAGGUUCUGCGGGGACAGGAGCAACUGGGACUCCGGGUACCGGGUCUUCUCCUUCCGGUGGUCCAAGUCAAGACAACAACCAGCAAGAGCAACCUCAACCUCCCCUUCCUUCCCCGAAACCCUUCGACCCCAAGGAUCUUAUCCCGUACACCCCCGCGAUCAUUCCCGCCGUUGUUGGUAUUGGGAUCAUUGCAUUCUUCCUAUGGAAGUACUUUGCUUACCUCGGACAAAGACGACGACGAACAUAUCGAACCAUUCGUGACGUGCCGUCACCGCCACUCGACGAAGAAAUUCUAGACCAUCUAGAACGCGGCGACCUACCACCACCCGAUUACGGGUACGCGAUGAGUAGGGAUAGGCAACCUGCGUCAAUAUCCGGUAAAGGACGCCCGCCACGCGCGCAUAAGCGCACCAUCAUCGAGCUACAUCUAGAAGUGCUCAACGAAUGUGAAGUGACCGAAUGGGAAAACGUCAAACAGGACUAUUUGCAGAUUGUCGUGGAGGUGUUUGCGCGUGACUUGGAGCGGGACCCGAUUAUGUGCAGUAGAAUCUUGGAUGUUCCGACCUCGCACGCCGCUUUAGCAACCCAUGAUUCGACAACCCGGAAUCCACCCACGGACAUCGACGGAACAAAUCCAUUACCACCGCAUGCAGACGACCCCGAUCCUUGGAGUUGUAUGGAAACCAUACAGUUAGCAACGGACUCUUGUGCACCGAAUGAACACCACCCCGAUCCAUGGAGUUGUAUGGAAAACAUACAGUUAGCAACGAACCCUUGUCGCCCUAACGAAGAUAACCCAUGGAGUUGUAUGGAAACCAUGCAGUUAGCACGGGAGCGUGCUCCGCCUAACGAAGAUAACCCAUGGACUUGUAUGGACCACAUACAGUUAGCCACGGCACCUGGUCCACCUACUGACUGGGAUUCAUGGAGUUGUAUGAAAUCCAUACAGUUAGCAACGGACCCUUGUGCACCUGACGACGAGCACCCCGACCCAUGGAGUUGUAUGGAAAAUAUCGAGUUAGAUGCACAACACAGUCGUGCUCAUUCGAACCACGGCGACGAGACGUUGGCGUGCACCCACUGGAUUAACUGGAUUGACCGCCACAAGCACCUAUUGCGGGCGUGCACGACGCAGCCGUGGUUUUUGCAGCUAACGUUGGCAUGGAAACAAUAUUAUCAACAACAUACGGCAGACGACGUAUCCGGCAAUAGUGAACUCGGUGAGCGUGGCCAUAUGCCAUCCGCAGACAUGACGAAACUGCGAUGGUGGAAACAGUGGAUAGCGCAACAACAUCGGCACAUGCGUAUGUAUAACGCGGAGGAGUGGUUUCAACAUUUGUUGAAUAAUGUAGAGGAGGCGACAACACCGGCAAAAGGCGAAGUACCUAUAGCGGAAAAAGGCAUAGAAGUGGACAAAGUAAUGGCCGCAGCAGACAUGCUACAAGUGAGAGAUGUACCACGCGCGCAACCACCCCAUGAGCAACCUUACAUGACAAACCCGUUAACCGCUCAAACAUGGAUGCUGAUCCUGGCAUUAGUCAUAGAACAGUGCGAGCUCGAAUGUCGUUUGCAGCAGACGGAGUUAUAUGUGGAUGACCUAUUGCAACAGUGUUCACAUUAG